GUAUCAGUUUGCGAAGUCUCGGGAUUCCAGCGGCGGGUCGGCGUGACUCCGACUUGGACAACUUCUCCCCCCACCACCCCUGCCCGCCCGCUGCUCCCCAUGGAAACGUAACCCGCGGCGUUGCCAUGGUGCCGGCCCUGGCUUGCGGCACUCGGUGAAUCGGCGCGGACCGGUUCGCGUGGUCCCGGCGGCGGCUGCGCCCCGGGAGAGGGACGGGGGACCUUCGGCCGCUGUGCUCCUUCACCCUCGCUGGGUGAUGAGGGGCCGGGCUGCCCGGCUCCCUCUCUCGGUGCCCUAAGUACCUCCCCUAGCACUACCUUACCCGUCCCCUCGGCUGGCUUGGAUCUCCUCGAUGCUCACCAUGGAUGUAACCAUCUCUGAGCUGCUGGAGCAGUUCAUGAGCAGCCCGCUGGUCACCUGGGUGAAAACCUUCGGACCGCUGGGCGGGACGAGCGAGGAGAACGGGACCAUGUACAUGGAUUUAGUGGAUGGCGUGUUCCUACACAAAAUCAUGUUGCAGAUAGACCCAAGGCCAACAAAUCAGAGAGUCAACAAGCACGUCAACAAUGACAUCAACUUGCGCAUUCAGAACCUGACCAUAUUAGUCAGGCACAUAAAGAACUACUACCAGGAGUGUCUGCAACAGUUGGUGGUAAUGACUCUGCCAAAUGUACUCAUGAUUGCUAAAGAUCCACUCUCAGGAAAGAGCAUGGAUGAAAUCAAGAAGGUGCUGUUACUCAUGCUGGGCUGUGCUGUGCAGUGCGAACGAAAGGAAGAAUUCAUUGAACGGAUCAAACAGCUGGACAUCACAACUCAGACAGCCAUCGUUGCUCACAUACAAGAGAUCACCCAUAACCAGGAGAACGUGUUUGACCUUCAGUGGAUGGAACUGACUGAAGUGACCGCAGAAGAUCUGGAGAACCUGUCACGAUCAAUGGUCUUUCAUCUGAAGAGGCUUCUUGACGAUCGGGAUGAGUACUCAGAGAUGAUUGUGGAGCUCACCCAAGACCGUGACUACUUGCAGUCGCAGCAGCUGCUUCCAACCCCUGUGAACACCUCAAUUUCCGAACAUCCGUCUAGUCCCAGUGAGACGCUCGACAAGGGGGAGAGGCAGCAUCUGGCGGUUGACCUGAUGGACACCAAGGCAAAGCUCAGGAGGAUCAGACAGGAAUUGGAAGAAAAAGCUGAACAGCUCAUUGACUCCAGGAAUGAAGUGGAACGACUUGAUGCAGAGCUGCAGAGGUUGCGACAGGAGAACAUGCAGCUGACCACAGAUGCGCGCUCGGUGAGAGCAUAUCAGGACGAGGUCGACUCUCUGCGUGAGAAAGCGAAUCGAGUAGACAGACUGGAGAACGAACUGAUACGGUGCAGAGAGAGGCUACAUGACGUGGAUUUCUACAAGGCCAGAAUGGAAGAACUGCGUGAGGACAACAUGGUCUUAAUCGAGACAAAGACCAUGCUGGAGGAGCAGCUUAUUAUAGCGCGGGCUCGUUGUGAUAAGCUGCAUGAUCUGGAGAAGGAGAACCUGCAGCUCAAGUCCAAACUGCAGGACCUGGAGAUGGACCGGGAGGCAGAUCGGAAGCGUAUCGAAGAGCUGGUCGAGGAGAACAUGGUGCUGGAAAUUGAGAAGAAGCAGAGCAUGAAUGAAUCUGCACAUCUUGGCUGGGAGCUGGAGCAGAUGUCGAAGAGUACCGACCUGCUGGACGCUGGCCGCAAGUCGUUUGUCCUUGAGAUGAACGAGUCAGCAUCGAGCCGGAUCCUGAAACUGGAGAAGGAAAACCAGAGCCUGCAAAAUGGGGUUCAGGAACUCCGGCAAGUCCUACUAUCGGCGGAGGAGAGCAAGGCCAGGGUUAUUGAGCUGGAGGCAGAGAACAAGCUUCUCAGCAGCAAGGUGGGAAGCCUCCAGACAGAACUUGAACGGGAAAAGCAGAGCAACCAAGACAUGGGCACCCUGAGUGAGGAACUUCUGCAGGACAAGGCCAGGCUACAGGAGAGCGUGGACGUUCUUCAGGCUGAGAGAGAGCGGCAGGUAAAGGCGCUGGAGAAGGAGAAUGAACAUUUAAACCAGGCCAUCACUUCACUCAGGGAACGUUCGGAAAUCAGUGCAGAAGCCAGAGUGAAGGAUAUCGAGAAGGAGAACAAAAUCCUUCACGAGACCAUCUCGGAGACCACCAACCAGUUAGCCAAGUUGGAAUUCGAGAAGAAGCAGGCCCACAGGGAGAUUCUCCAAUACAAGGAGAAGGAGGAGAGGGCGGAAGCACUGGAGAAGGAUGUCUACCGACUCGAGCAAGACAACGAGCAGCUUCAGAAACACGUUGCCUCCUUGAAGAUCACAUGUGAGAGUGUCAGCACUUUAGAGCAAGAGGUUUCGAACCUCGAGCUGGAGAACAGCAAGUUGAAAAAGUCCCUCAACAGCCUGCAAAACUCCCUGAUCAAGUUAGAAUCAGUGAAGGAGGACAAUAAACAGCUGGACGAGGAGAACUUGGAGCUGAGGAGGAUGGUGGAGACCAUGAAGUUUGCGAGGACAAAGCUUAUCAAAGAGGAAAUGGAGAAGCGUGAGCUGGAAAAGGAGAAAGAUGAACUCAGGAAAAGUGUGGAGCUGUUGAAGUCCUUGAACCGGAAGUCAGAGCGGCUGGAGAUAAGCUACCAAGGUCUGGAAUCAGAAAAUCAGAGACUUCAAAAGGUGCUGGACAACAGUGAAUCUAAAGUCCGCCAACUAGAAAAGGAGCUCCAGGACGUUGAGAAUGAGAACAGUGUUCUGCAGAGGAACCUGGAGGAGCUGAAGGUCUCCAGCAAGAGGCUGGAGGCGCUGGAGAAGGACAACAAGACGCUGGAGCAUGAUGUGGCGCAGCUGGAGAAGGAGAAGGUGACGCUGGACAGGGAGAACAAGCGGCUGUGGCAGCAGGUAGAGCUGAAGGACGCAAUCCUCGAUGACAACAGCCAGAAGCUGUUGAGCCUGGAGAAGGAGAGGCGAGUGCUGGAGAAGGACGUGGACAGGUACAAGGAAAGCACCGACAAACUGAAGGAGCUGGAGGUCGACUACAAGGAAGUGGUCAAGCAGUCCACCAUCAACACGAGGACACUUGCGACUCUCAGAGAGGAACUCUUCCACGAGAAGCUGAGGAGCCAGGAGCUCUCUAAUGAGUUGGAAAAGCUAAAUCAGGAGUUGGAGAAAAUUGGACUAACCAAGGAAAGACUUCUGCAAGAGGAACACAACAGUGAUGAUAAUAAAUACAGGCUCCUGGAGACCAGGAUUGAAUCUACGCUAAAGAAAACACUAGACAUCAAGGAGGAAAAAGUCCAGGCACUGGAGUCCCGACUGGCUGAGUCCAGCAACCUGAACCAGCAGCUGCGUAGUGAGCUGAGCGCGGUGAAGUGGAAUCUGGAAGCGCUGUUGCAGCGUCAGGAGGAGGAGAAGCUUUCGCUGAACUCCCCAGUAGGUACCUCUCCGCCAAGCAGCGCGGAGAAAGAGAAAUGGGAGAAGGAAAGUCGGGAGACCACGCUGGAGCUGCUGAAAGUGAAGGACACGGUCAUCGAGGUGGAGAGGAACAACGCGGCGUUGCAAGUGGAGAAGGACUUACUGAAGGAGCAGAUAAAGCAGCUGGAAGCGCAGAACAGUGCGGUCAACUCUCAGAUUGUGAUGUUGCAACGUCAGGCCGCGUCCAUGCAGGAGCACAGCAAUGCUCUGCAGAUCCAGAACGCCAAGCUGCAGGUGGAGAACUCGACCCUGAACUCACAGAGCGCGGCUCUUAUGGGCCAGAAUGCAAUGCUACAGAACGCGCAGUCGGCGGUGGAGAACGAGCGGGAUGGCCUCGCCCAGCAGAAGGAGGAGCUGAAGGUGGCCCACGACUCCCUGUUACAGGACCACGAGCGGCUAAUGGCGCUGAACGGGCGGCAGUCCACCGAGUGUGAGGCCCUCAUCGCCCAGCAGGCCUCCUUCAAGUCAUCGUACAGGAGCCUGGAGACUCAACACAAGGAUCUGGAGAUCAGGUACCUGGGGCUGCUGAAGAAGCAGGUCGAGGUGGAGCAGCUGGACUCAGAGCUUCACGCCCAGAGGGCGAGUCUGCAGCAGGAAUCCAGGAGGAACACAGCCAUCACGGAGGAGAACAGACAGCUGAAGGCUGAUGUGAGCAGGCUGCACUUGCUGAACAGCGCGCUGAAGGAGGAGUAUGACCGGCUGCAGGGCCUGGCCAAGGAGUGCAAGAGCAGUCUGAACAGCAGCAAGCUGGAGCUGGAGCACUGGAAGGCCCAGUAUCACGAACUGAAGGAGAAGCACCAGAACCUGGACAUCUCGCAAACCAAGAUUGGGAAUCACUGUGAGCUGCUGACUCAGCUGAAGAGCAACCUGGAGGAGGAGAACCACUUUCUGCUGAGUCAGGUUCAGACGCUGAAUCAGCAGAACCAGAACCUCCUCGAGCGGUCCAUGGAGAGCAAGGAUCUGUACCACGAGGAACAGAAGCAGUACAUAGACAGGUUAAACUCCCUUCGAAGGCAAAAGGAGAAAUUGGAAGAGAAAAUAAUGGACCAGUAUAAAUUCUAUGAGGCAACUCCAAAAAGGAGGAACAACUGGGUGACUGCAAAGGCAUUGGUUAAGCUCAUGAAACCAAGAAAGGAGAGUGCCAAGAAGCAGGCCGUCGAAGGGCAGGCCCGCCAAACGGAACCAGCAGAGGUAGCGACUGAGCCGAAUGCUUCUCAGGGACAGGGAGCGAGUCUGGACGGAUCCUCACAAGGGUCCAACUCACUGGAGGAACCACCUCCAUGUACACCCAGUAAAGUGCCUACCCGGAAAAGGUUUGCCUUUCUAAGGAGUAAAAGUAAAGAAAAGCUCCAGGAGAAACCAUUGAGCCCAAGCAACCAUCGCCAUUCGCUGUCCAUGGGUCUCCGUCUGUGGUCUUCCAAUGACACAUCGGACUCUGCCAGUGAUUCACUUCUACACAUCUCUGACUGUGGCAAUUUCUAAUCCCCCCCCUAUUCCUCGUGUCCCAUCACCAUCCCCACCCAAAGGCACCACAGAAUGGAGGCACAGGAGAGGAGCCAGGGGCCACAUUGCCUGACAGAUUGUGACGAUGUCAAUGACAACGCUGACUCCAAAAGUGUAAAGGAAUUAAAAAUUAAAUUAAAAACAGAUCAAUUGAAAUACUACAUCUGGCACGUUGGUGCCAAAGAUUUCAAAGUAGAGCCAGUCAUCCAUGAUUCCGGAUUGUGCAACACAGAAUUAAACUGAGCAUUUGAGUCUCUGAGCAUUUCAGAUGUAAGUAACAACACGCUUCUGUGCUCCAGUGCAUUAAUGUUUCCUUUACAAACCCAAAUUUGGUGCGUUUCCGGAGUAAGAACUGAAAACUGUCAUAAAGGGAUGACUUUUUAGUUUUUGAAUUUGUCCCUUCUGGCAUUUUUUAAUUGGAGAGUGAAACUUGUACAAGUGAAUGCUGAGGAACAACACGGACCGCCCCACACUGCCAGGUGGACACGUGCAUCCAUGCACUUGCUCAGCGGACGGACUUUGGCCUUCCCUCGGACAGACACCACUCCCUCCUUCACCAGACAGAUUUGGAAAAAGAUCCUUAUCCACUUUCUCCACAGCUAUUGUCACUGAAAAGACGGUUCCCCAAACUGCGCACACCUGAUGCCCAUAGACACCGGUGGUUAUUGAGAAAUGUGGGUUAGUUGCACACUAAGGCACACAAGCGACCCCAUGACACUACAGACACAACCUACAAACACAGACAACCUUGGCAUACACAACAUACAACAGUCAGUGGCUCAGCAUGGAAUUUGGUGAUACAAUGGAGGACCUUUCUAUCCAGCAUGCAAUGUGACAGGGAAACCUCUCUAUAAGGGGACUGGGUGCCCAUAGAGCUCCAUACAGUGAAUAGAGCAGUUUCCCAUGUGCCUUGCAUGCUGGGUUAAUAGCACUCCAUUUCACUGUGAAUAUUUUUCCCCAACACACAACUAAAGUGAGAACAAGCGAUACCCUUCUCUGCAGUCCACAAAGUGUACAAGUUUCACUAUAAACAAAAAGUUCACCCCAAAUUAUGAACUUCAUUACCUGUGCUUACACCUAUGUUUAUAAGUGGCCAGCUGCAAUGCAAUGAUUGUUGCCCAUGAAGCUACCUGUCUCGUGCUCUCCUUCCCCAGUCUCAGGAUUGACCGGUUUCUUGCCCAUCCUGCUAUGUGCCAAUGCUGCCACUCUUGUUGCUCUCUCUGCUUCUACUGGGCGUGAUAUCAUCGUUACCUCCCUUCCUUUCCUAGCAGCUUCCGAUGUCUUAGAGGAGAGCAGUCAUUCAGCUUGUAGCCCUGAUGGAAGGUGGAGCUCGUCUGAUGGCGGUGAAGAGUGCAGGGCAAUCAUGGAGGCGGUUAGCAUUGAAAGCUAAAACCAAAAAUCAAGGACUGAAAGCGUGAAGGGCAGCACGCCCACAAACUAAAACCCUAAAUCCCACUUGCUAUUCUGAGACAGCAUUAACCAAAUAAAAUGUAGGUCUUUGUAGAGGUGUACAAGACGACAAGAGGAAGUAGAGUGGGCAGACAGAGACUUUUCCCAGGACUGAAAUGUCUGUUAUGGGGGAGGAGCAUCAUUUUAAGGUGAUUGCAGGAAAGUAUAGUGGUAAGUUUUUAAUGCAGACAAUGGUGGGUGUGUAAAACACCAUGCCAGGGUGGUGGUGGAGGCAGAUACAUUAGAGACAUUAAAAAGACUAGAUAGGCAUAUGAUUGAAAGAAAAAUAGAAGGUUAUGUGGGAGGGGAGGAUUAGGUUGUCCUUAGAAUAGGUUAAAAGGUUGGCACAGUAUUGUGGGCUGAAGGGCCUGCAGAUGACUGCACCAAAAACGAUGCUAAAUUAAACUAAACCUCUUCUGCCUGUAUGUAAUCCAUAUCCACAGUAAUGUGCCUCUUAAACAUCAUCAUUGUAUCUGCUUCCACCACAACCCCUUGCAGCCCGUUCUAGACAGUGUAAUUAAAAAAAAAACUUCCCUGUACUUCCUUUAAGAGAAGUUUGGACAGCUACAUGAAUUGGAUAUCUGUAGUCCAGAUGCAGUUUGAUGGGUCUAGGCAAAAUAACAGUUCAGCACAGACUAGAUAGGCUGAAGGUCCUGUUUCUGUGCUUUCGCACUCUACGACUCUAUAACACAUCCCCUUUAAUCUUUCCCCCUCUCACCUUAAAUGCAUGCCCUGUAGUAUUCAACAUUUCAUUUUCAGCGGAGACUAUUGCAAUGCAGUGAAUAUUCCAAGCACAGUGACUACAUGCUGAGAGUUAUCCAGCUCCCAACACAUAACAGAGUGCUGGAGAAACUCGGGCAGCAUCUGUGGAGGGAGGUAGAUAAUCAGCGUUGUAGGCUGAGACCCUCCAUCAGGAUGAUGAUGUGUGUGUGUGCUUGUCGACAGUGAGUGAGGUCAGCAGAGGGCUCGCUAGUGUCAGUGGGAAUCGUAGCAGUUAGCUUAAUGCUUUACAGCAUCAGCGACCUGGGUUCAAUUCUGCCGCCAUCUGUAUUCAUGGUGAGUUGUGGGCACGCUAUGUCAGUGACACUCGUGGGCUGCCACCAGCACGUCUUUGGACUGCGUUGGCCAUUGAGUCAAAUGACACGUUUCUCUGUAGGUUUUUAAAGUUCAUCUUUAUCAGCAAUACUGAUACAUUAGUUUUGUAUGGGCGGUAAUCAGUUCGGUAAAGUAUAACUGGUAUCAGUGUAUCAUCGGGGAGGCAGGCCAGGGAGUCGUGCAGCUUAUUGUCUGUCCCUGCUGAACUAACUGUAUCGUGUUGAGUCUGCAUACUGCUUCCAGCGCUCAUGUCGUUUGAGGUUUGCAAAUAAUGCACAGUUGCUGAACUGGGCUACAGAUGGUUUUUAAAGAUUUUUUCAAAACAAUUAUUUAUUUUUAACAGUGAUUAUUUCAACUGCAGGCAUUAUGUGACAGUGAUUAGAUGUGUUAAUAUUUUCUAUAUCUGUAUUGUCUGUACAUAUUGUAUCACUGCCUUCUAUCAAAAAUCAUGUUUUUAAUGGAAAGUGUUAAAACUGUAAUUACACCCACCCUUCACUGUACAGGUUUACAUGUAUAUGUAUAUUUAAGAAUUUUUAUUGAAUUAAUAUAAUGUUUCAGAAUGAUGUUUGUCUUCAAGCUUUAGUACAACACAAGACUGGGCCUUCAGCCCACAAUGUCUGUGCCGUACAUGAUGCUGAAUUAAACUAAUUUUCAUCUGUGUGCGCGUGAUCCAUACCCCUGCACCCGUUCCCCACACAUUGAUGUGUCUGUCAACACUGCCGUCCUAUCUGCUUCCAUCACUGUCCCUUCCAUGCACCCACCGGUCUCUGCACAUCUCCUUUAAAUUUCCUGAUCUUGCCUUUAAUGCAUGUCAUCUAGUGUUACAUCAUGGGAGCGCAGCAGUGAGCUCGGUGCUUUAGUAAGAUCGGGUUCAAUUCCUGCCACCGACCGUACACCCUCUAGAUGACUGCGUUGGUUUGCUCCACGUGCUUCAGUGUCCUCCCAAAUUCCAAAGGUUGUACGGGUUAGGGCUUGUAACGGGUAUGCUUUGUCACGCUGAUACUCAACACAAUCCUCACUGAUUUGAUUUGACACAAAUGAUGCAUUUCACUGUUUCAAUGUACGUGUGACAAAUGAAAUUGAUCAUCUCUAACCAUCUUCAUUUCUAGCCUGAGACUAAGAUUCCAACUACCUAUCCUAUCUGUGCCUCUUCGUAAUUUUAUAAACUCCUAUCAGGUCUCUCCACCACCUUCAACACUCCAGUGUAAACAACCCAGGUUUGUCCCUCUUCUCCUUAUGCCCCAUAAUCCAGCCAGCGUCCUGGUGAACAACUUCUGCACCCUCUCCAGAGUCUCCACCUCCUCCCCGUAAUGGGGCGACAGGUUGAUCCAGCAACAUUACCACCAUCCACAUCCUUCCUCUGAACCGGUCUCCUUCACUACAUGUUACUGUCCAGUAAAAGGCUCAGCUGAGUGCCGAGCAUGAAGAGUGUUGUGUGUCUUGUCAGCAGCGGGAAAUGGACAGCAGGGCUAAGCUGCAGUUUGUGGCUCGGCCAGGAGAUGGUGCUGGAACCAAGGGAGUUAGCCAUUGGGAAACUGGUAUGCAAUUUAUAAAAUUUUGCUUGUAAACUCUACCUGUUUCCGUGCCAUUUUAAUUUCAUUCCCCUUGUCUCAGA